GCAGCCUGUCUAUCACUAUGACUAUGACACUAAGAAAUAUUAAGUUAACAGUAUGUCUGUUACUAUUUGUACUCAACCAGCUCAAUAAGCUUAGCAAAUAUUAGACACACAUCAUAGUAUGAUGCAGUAGUUGUACACUCGUGCAAAAUUAAGUCAACCAAAACCCAGCACGAGCAUGCUUUGUAAAAAAGUGAAGAAUUUCUGACGUCAUGAAGGUGUGUCUUUAUGUUGACGUGCGGCGCCACACUAUCAACUGUGGACAUUUGAGGUACUGCGUGACGUCGGCGUCGUCGUGCGCGUCGAGACGCUGUGGGCUGUCAUGGUCAGGAGGAAAGUCCUCCAAGCACAACAUCGCGUUCUGUCGCCUCUCCAGCGCUAUGGUCUCUUGGAUCAUCUCCAGACUUGUGGUACUUGUAUUUGGUACACUAUAUCCUGCAUACUCAUCCUAUAAAGCUGUGAAGUCCAAAGAUGUGAGAGAAUAUGUGAAAUGGAUGAUGUACUGGAUUAUAUUUGCCCUAUACACGGCUGUGGAAGUGUUCACGGAUAUGUUUCUUUGUUGGCUUCCUUUCUACUAUGAACUGAAGAUAGCCUUUGUGGUGUGGUUACUGUCCCCCUACACUAAAGGCUCCAGCGUACUCUACAGGAAGUUUGUCCAUCCCACGCUUUCCUCUAAAGAAAAGGAUAUUGAUGACUACAUCUGCCAAGCCAAGGACAAAAGCUAUGACACGCUGGUGCAUUAUGGGAGAAAGGGACUGAAUGUUGCCGCCACAGCGGCAGUCAUGGCUGCAGCAAAGGGCCAAGGAGUUCUGUCAGACAGGUUGAGGAGUUUCAGCAUGCAAGAUCUGUCUUCCUACCAGUCGGACCAGGCCGACCCCAGCUCUGCGUCUUCGCAACCUCCAGCCUCAACAGCAGCCCAGCACCGGACCCGCACCAUGAUGCGUAGCAAGUCUGAAAGCUACAACAAAGGACAGGAUUUUGACAUGACUGAGUAUGAGGUGUUGGGAUUAUACCAGGGGAAGCCAGAGGAGUCCCCGACACCCGAUCCCUCCCCACCAUCCACACCUUCUCCCACUCCUCCGGCCUUGAAGCAGCCAGAGGAGGGAAUGAGUGGGGUGCAGGGGGCUCCAGACUCACCUCAGCUCAGGUUGAUGAAAAGAAAAGCUCCUGAGCCUCCUCUUAGAGUCUUACGGCCUCUCACGAGAUCCAGGAGCGCUGUGGCUUCAAACGCUGAAGCCAUGUGAACGUGUCGGCCACGCGGAUAGGCGCCUCCAACUGCAAGACGUAAAGAAAAGAAAAGAACACUGACUCGCCAAACCUCAUGUGACUGCAGCAACACUGCUUUGGAAUUACAAGUAGUAUUACCAAAGUGACCUAUGAUGACAUGUCUAUAUAAUAUAGCAAGGAGGACGACUGCGUGAACGCUUUAGGGCUUUCAUGUGUACAGUGUGUUUUAUGUUUAUUUUCCUCUUUUAAUUUCUGCCAGGUAUGGGCAGGCACCUUGCAUGCGUGUCUGGCCUUGUUGUUAAUGUGUCACUGGGCGCCAAGGAUCAAAUGCAUGGCGACUGUUCUCCUGAGCGUUAAAAGAUUCCUAAGAAAACAUGUUUUCGUGAGGAGUCAAGCAGCAGUGGUGGAAUUAUUUACCUCUUGUAAAGCCUUAAUGAAAGAAACAUCACAUGUAAAACGAUGAAGUAUUUAAAAUGGAUCCCUGCAGAUAUAGCAUUCAUAGAUAUCAAAACACUUUUUUUAUUUGUAAAAAAAAAAAAAAUCAGAAUCAGCUUAAUAUUUACACUCACAUCACACAUGCUUAUCUCACAGUGCAACCAAAAAUAACAAAACAGUGUAACCUUAUGACACGGGCUCUGUGGGCAUCGAAAUAAAUGUACACACUUAUCGCUAAAACAAUACUUUUAUACUAAUUUAUAACCUGCAAGUCAUGCUGGGAAGCCCACACACAUGCUUCCGCAACAGGAAGUAACCCAGCUAUGCCUAGUGGGUUAUAAAUGAGUUUAACAUUGCAUUGUUUUGUGUGUAUAUUAGUGUGUAAGGGUGAAUUUUGAUACCCGCAUAGUCAGUGUAGUGCAGUUACAGUACGUUAUGUGUUUCACAUAUUAUUGGUUGCACCAGGAGUGAGGUAGGCAUUGGGUUGACAAGCUCCUGUGGUAUUGUGUAGAGUGGCAAAAUCAUUUUUAUGGGCAUCUCAAUUAUUUGCAAAUGGUGGUGGAUCUACUGUAUAUUUCUCAUCUAAUCCUUUAUGCACUGCGUGGUUAAUACAGCUUAACGCCCACAAAGUCAGAAAUUGACCAAAACAGUGGGGGGGGGAAAAACCCCAUCAUAAGAAUCAUUUUGUUUUUAUGUGGUGGGUAUCAAUUAUUAGUCACUUGCACAAGCACAAUCAUUUUCACAAUCUCCCGCUCUGUUUUGUUGUCCAUUAUUUGCUCAUGAAUUGCAAAUCAAAAUUUUUAGUAGUGGAGUGUUCUGUUGUUUCUAUUUCACAUCAACGGAGUCUUUUAGGGAUAUUUUACAGUUCCGCACCAUGCCCGAACAUGAUGAUCUACUGGGCAUUUGUAAUCACUGCUUCAUUCGUGCUGAAACUAUCAGUAGCUUCUAAGGCGCAAUCGCCCUGUUGACACAACAUUCACUGGGGUGGGUGUGGUAGAUACACGUCACAUCAACUAUACUUUUAAUGGAUGUGAUUGAAAGGUCAAUGGGAAAGUCAUGUUUCAGCGUUAGUAUCAGUUGUAGAAGUGAUUUCCUUCUAUCCAAUGCAAAUGUGCUGUGAUGAAAAGUAAUCGCUGCAUGAUAUUUGUUAUUUAGAUGGAAUUCUUAAGUGAAUUCAUGUGAAGCUUGUGCCCUGUGCAAACAUAUUGAGUGACUUAUUUGCUUCCACUUCACAGAGCGAUCUUAAGAGUUUCUGUUCUGGCAGGCCAGAAUAACCAAUUUCAAAUUUUAUGUGAGCUAUACAAGUAGCAGCAGUGAUGUGAUGACACGAUGGUUGGUUAAAAGUCACUUUACGGCCAUUAAACGUGAAGAAAACGUA